CGUGCCGCCCCCCCGUAGGAUGCACUGUCUGCACGCAAUCGGACACCAAGCACAUUCAGGACAAUUUUCUUUGUACACCUAUGGUUACAAACGUUUCUUGUCUUGGAGAUUUUUCUGAUUGAAUCCGAGUCGCACUUGACCAUAUGAUGCUACGCUAUGAGUCCGUGUCCGAGUGCAUCCGUUGACGACGAUCGCAGGCAACAGAAGUGGGGCGAUGGCAGACUCCUUAACCACCAGAACCACGCCAGAUAGCAAUGGUGAUGGGAACUCCAGUAACCCACAGAAUGUUGCCUUUUUUCUGGUGCCUUUCUUCUUCGUGUUGGGGCUUCUGGGUGUCCUUAUCUGCCACAUCCUGAAGAAGAAGGAAUACCGCUGUUCAAUUGAGGCAGAUGAAGAGCUGGAUAAAGAAAAGGAUGAAGAGGAAAAAGAUCCAGAAAAAGGAGAUCUGAAUGAAACCUUCAGUGAAGACAACGCUGACACAGUGGGCCAAAUUGUUAACUACAUCAUGAAAAAUGAAGCCAACUCUGACGCACUCAAAGCCAUGGUUCAGGACAGUAUAGAACGGGAGGGUCGCCCUGUGACGCCCACCUCUCCAACCUCACCAACCAGCCCAGAGAGCCCUGCACUGCCAGGGUUGUCCCCCAGCGCAGCCAAACACACCUGCAACCACCUGCACACCAUCGGAGGGAUCGGAGGACAUAAGAACAUCUGCAACCGCUGCAACCAGAAAAAAUGGCCUCUGAUGAGACCCUCAUCCAGCAAAAAGCUGGACAGACGCAGUCUUGUAGCAGAGGUCGUAGUGCUGUCUGUAGGCAGAUUCCGAGUGACAAAGUGUGACCCCAAAUCGUCCCGGGAUAGGCGGACAUUGUUGAUCACUGAGCCCAACGGCAGUGUUCCCCCUUCAUCUGCUAACGCUGACCCCCCUGAACACAUCACAGGCCCAAAGUCACAGGAUAAAGGAGGCAGUGCAAAAUGACAUCUGUCGAGUUCCAGCAGCUUCUCAGGUGACAUUUUAAAAAGUGGACUAAAAAGAGGGAAAAUGCCUCAAACUGUGAUGAGAGAUGGAGGAGGAAAAGAGGAUGAUGGAUGUGGAACCUCCUUUCUGUCAUGUGACACGUCAGUUGUGGAAAGGCAGCAGAAGCCAUACAUUAACCUGUCACCAUGGCAACCCACCUUUCUCAAACACCCUUGUGUCAUUAUCAAUGGCGGAUGGCGUCAUUUGUGCUUGUUAAUGACUAGGAGCGUGUCAAUGUUUAAUCCAAGCAGGCGUUGUGGUCGGAGGUUGGAGGUUCAGGUUUGUUUUCUUUUUUAAAUUGUAAGCUGUGAUAAACAGAAAAACAGAGCCAUGAAAUUUCUCACUGGUUCCAAUUCAGUUUUUCUUAAUCUGUUGCCAUCUUAAAUUGACUGGGCUUGAUCUCUUCGCUAUAUACACACCUUUUCUUUUUUGCUAUAUACACCUUUUUUUAUAUAUAUAUAUAUAAAUUGUGUUUUGAUAACAUUUUUCUUUAAACCAGUGAAAUUAUAUAUUUAAUAGAUUAAUUUAUCAACUUAGCACACCUUAACUGACUGGAAGUUUGCCUGGUGGUGUCUGCUCUGGGAAAGAGCACUGCGAUUCACUUCACCAGUCAACAGUUUAGAAAUCUUAAACAUUCUUAGUUUAACUUGCAUGUGUCCACAGAGUUCAGAAACUCUUAAGUCUGUAAUUCAUUUAGUGAUGUAAUGUCAAGCGUAUACAAAUAGAUAAGAGUAUAUCCUACAUUGUACUUAAUAUUAUUGCUAUCUUUGAAAAAAACAACAACAAUAUGGUACCAUUAAAAAUGUAAAAGUGGCCUUGCUUUAGUGCCAUGGACUGGCAAAGAAGACCAAAAUAUAGGAAUUUUAACCAAAACUCCAAUAAAUAUACAGCUGACUUUUUUCUUUUUUUAUGUAUUGUGCCUUUAACAUUGUCAUUACUGUGCCACUGAUUUUCCUUGUUUUUUUCUUCUUUGUUUUUUUUUUUUUUUUUGCUCAAACACCAUUCAAGUAGACCUAAAAAUAUCUUUCGGCUUUCUAGCUCAUUGCACAUGAGCUUGAAGUCCUGUAACGAAUAGAUUAAAUAAAUGUUUCUCAUAGCCGUCCUGCUCAAAUUUUAGUUACUGAAAUGGUUUCAACCUUACUAUGUGUCACUUUGAAGUCACUGAAGUACUGUUACUUCUGAAAUCGAUAAGAAUUAAAGAAACACGAAGAUGCGUAAACGGAAGAAUUAUUUAAAGAAAAUGAGUGAGAAUGUGUGUUAUAUUUUACUGGAAGUUUUGUACCCAGAAUUUAUAUAUUAAAAGAUUAAACCCACA